AUGAACAUCUGCAACAAACCUCCUAAUAAGACAGCUCCAGAAAAGGAGGGUGAAGCAACUGCUGAAGUCCAAUCUCAGCACACCCGAAGGAAUGGCUGGAGCUGGCCUCUACAUCCCUUCCAGAUUAUUGCCUGGCUGUUAUAUCUCUUCUUCGCACUGAUUGGUUUUGGAAUCCUUGUGCCUCUCUUGCCUCACCACUGGGUGCCUGCUGGAUACAUUUGUCCAGGAGUGUUUUUUAUCUGCCACCUAGUGGUUCAUUUCACUGCAGUCUCCAUUGAUCCAGCUGAUGCCAAUGUGCGAGAGAAUAAGUACCUAGGGCAGCUGGCCACUUUCAGCCGUAACCAACAUGCUCAUGUCAUUGAAAACCGUCACUGCCAUGUCUGUGAUGUGGAUGUAAGCUCCAAGUCGAAACACUGUGGAACCUGCAACAAGUGUGUAUGUGGCUUUGAUCAUCAUUGCAAAUGGCUCAAUAACUGCGUGGGGGAGAGGAACUACUGGCUCUUUUUGAACAGCGUGGUAUCUGCCAUCCUAGGCCUCGUCCUCCUCUUGCUCAUUGCAUUCUAUGUCUUUGUGGAGUUCUUCGUUAACCCCAUGAUGCUGCGCACCGACCAGCACUUUGAAGUAUUAAAGAACGACACGGACAUCUGGUUUGUGUUUCUACCUGCAGCUCCCAUCGAGACCCAAGCGCCUGCCAUUUUGGUCUUAGCUGGGAGUCUCAUUCUGCUGGGCCUGCUGACUGUGACCCUGUUAGGUCACCUGCUGAUCUUCCACAUCUAUCUUAUGUGGAACAAAUUGACCACCUAUGAGUACAUUGUGCAGCAGCGUCCCCGACAAGAGAUGAAGGAGGUCAACAAACAGCUAGAGUCUUGUCCUUCCCCGGUGAGGCCCACUCAGGAGGUGGAUUUUUAUGCAGGAAACCUUGGCUACACCAACCCUGAGAUACAGGUGGAAGACUCAUCAACAGUAACAUCAGGCAGAGACCUUUCAAAGUUCUGUGUCCACAACGAUGGAGCAGACCCCGAGCUCAACUCUUCUCCUGAGCUCCCAGCUCUUCAGUCCAUAGUCCACCCCCAGCAGCAGAAGAAGCGGAAGAAGAAAAAGGUGUGUAAGGUUCCAUCCUCAGUCAUGGAUGAAAGGUCCAAGACAAGCAGUCAGCCCAGACGCCCUCUCCCAGCUACCCAACCAGAAUUUUCAGCCACUGCUGCCAUCUCAUCCUCCUCCCACAGCCUUCAUCUCCCUAUGCCAGCUUUCCCUCACAGCGCUGCCAGGCCUGCAAGCAGCAUUGGCCAUGUCCAGGCAGCUGCACCGCCUGCUGAAUACCACUCAGAGUCUGCAGAGUCCAUGGAUGAGAUCCCUGUGGCUCAGACCCGCCUGGGGAGCGCUGCCCCUACGGGGGCUUCCAACAAAAGCCUUAACAACUUUCACCAUCAUUCCUUGUCCACAGCCCAUGCCAGAGGUGAUGGGGAGAAGAAUCUAUAUCCUGGGCACCUGGUAAAAAGGAAAAGCUGCCAGAGAGCCAGUGAUGGGGAACAAGAGCUGGAACUGCUCUCUAAGAUACCUGCUGUGUUUGUGAGCGAGAGCAGUGGUGAGCCUCCGGUCCCACCUGGUGAGAUAGUAUCCAAGCCCCAUCACAGGAAGUGCACUAGCAAACAGCAUGUGGAUGAGCAGGACCCACACUUGUGGGACAUGAGGACAAACACAAGAGCAGCUUAG